UAUGCGAUCGCGCGCUCGCACUUAACUUUAGCUUUGCGCGUAUACGGUACGUUCUGCUGGAUUGAUUGAUGUGGCCAGCGAUCUGUGUUACUGCACAAAUUAGAAAGGUCCUUGGUCAAGACUUAUGUGUGACUGAGAAUCAACUCUCUCACCAUGGGCCUGUUGACAGACACUCGAACCCAAGCUGUCCUGUCUCGUAUUAUCCUGGCUGUCCAUAAGCCUCUGGAGGUGGUUCUCUAUAUCGCCGGUGUGGCUUCAUUGUUUGCAUUGGCAUUCACCCCUCUUAAUGAUAAGACUUACUUCUCUGAAAAUGCUCUGUUACCAGGCCUGGUGGAGAGGAAGUACCUGAUUGAUCGUAGCAUCAAGGACUACGCCAAGGAACUGACCCGACUUGGAGCUGUAGAUAAUGGUAAAGGGCCUAUCCCUGAAGAAUGGCUGAAAGCUCAGUUUAUAAACCUGGGCUUAGAUGUAUAUUCACAAAACUUUACUGUACAGCACCCGUUCAUCACUAAAACAAAUGGAACCCAAGGAACUGGAGGUGUCACUGGAACCAAUGUGUAUGCUAUUCUUCGAGCCCCAAGGAUUGCAGGUACUGAAGCUAUAGUCAUCACAGUACCCUAUCGUAAUAAAGAGGCUGAAGCAGGCAGGUCAAGGACUCACCAUGGCAUUGGCCUGAUGUUGUCAUUAGCAAGCUUCUUCAGCAAGAACACAUUUUGGUCAAAGGACAUUGUCUUUGUGGUUGUGGACAAAGAAGAGGUUGGGAUGCAAGCCUGGUUAUCAGGCUACCAUGAUAUCCAGUCAGAGUAUCUCCAAACAAGUCUAAUGCUCGGACGUAGUGGCUCUAUCAUUGCAGCCAUCAAUUUAGAACUUGGUUCUGAAUUUACUGAUCACAUUGACUUGAAGAUUGAAGGUUUAAACGGACAGUUGCCCAACCUGGAUCUGUUCAACCUGGCUGUCAGACUUUGUCGUUUAGAGAGGGUCCCUGUAACAUUCCAGAAUAGAGCUGACCCUCCCGAAAGACUGGUGCUAAAGUGGGCAGGACUAAAGCAUUCAGCCACAACAAUGCUUCUCAACAUGGCUAAGCAAGCUAGUGGAAAGCCAAGUGGAAUCCAUGGUCUGUUUGUGCGCUACCACAUAGAAGCCCUGACUCUCCAGGCUCAUCCUGCAAAGCGUGGGUUGGGAGUAGAAGCAGUUGGACGUGUCAUGGAGGGAGUUGUUCGCAGUAUCAAUAAUCUCCUGGAGCGGUUUCACCAGUCUUUUUUCUUUUACGUCCUCCCCAGCUGUGAAAGAUAUGUUUCAAUUGGCCUGUACAUGAUUCCGUUUGGACUUUUGUUGGUUGUGCCCACACUGCGCGCUAUGGCCCUUUGGCUUCUUGCAGUUCAACCCAUCGAACAGAUUACCACUUCAGAUGAAAAAGAUCAGGAUGAGAAAGAGGACAUUGAUAAAAAAGCAAAAAAAGAAGGUCGUCCCUUUGGUCAAGUAAUGCCUCUCAUAAUAGGUGCACACAUCAUGGGAGCCAUACUGUUUGUAAGUCCACAGUACCUCGUCAGUGAGCACAUCAAAGCGUUCAAUGUCAGCCAACAAGGUGCCAUUGCUAUUGGAUUUGCAGCAUUCUUUGUUGGCUCGUCAUCACUUCCCAUUUUUGGUCGGAGGAGUAAUUUUCAAACAAAUGAGCAACUUCCUUCGGACUGGCAGCUCUUAAAGUGUCUGACACUCAUUUGGUACACUGUGACUCUGCUGGCGGUGUCCAUGUUCAACUUUUCUCUCGCUUUCUUUGUUGCUGUGCCAACGAUUCCCAUUGUGGUCCUUGUCCGACCUGUAGAACGUGUAAUCUUGAAAAUAAUUCAGGGGUUUCUUCUGAUGGUGAUAUCCCCCCUAUCUUUGAUAUAUUCUUUUAUAACUCUUAAUCAUGGCUAUUUUCAUUCUAGCGAUGCUAUGAUAGACAUUCUUAACCAGGGAUUGUACAAGACUGUAGAAUCCUUAUUUGAAGGUGUGGUCAAUGCUUACUUGUUUGGCAACAAAACAUUUGCUUUGAUAACACUUGUUUGGUUUCCCAUCUGGUUUCUGUUUUGGGUAGUACUCUUUAGGAAAGCAAGUAGUACAAAGAUUUCUAAAUGAUUUGUGUCAAAAGUUAUCUAUAUAAAGCAUGUGGAAGUAAGAAUCUAAAUAAUUUCCUGUCCUAAAUACAUGUAUGAAUUUGUUCUUUCACUGAUGACACAUACAGUUUAAUCUG